AUACAAUUCCACCGUCGCGAAAAGAGCAACGUGUGAAGUAAAACUUUUGUGAUCGGGUCGCAUUUUCUAACAAAAGUAUUUUGGGACUUUUGAGUUUUGGUAAUAAAUCUAUAAAAACCAAAUUCUAACGCGUGAAUUGGAAUUUGUUUUAAUAACGACGGACUAAAAAGUUAGAUUUCAUUGUCCAUCCGCAUUGAACGAGUAAAAUGGCCGAAGUUGAGAAAGAGGUUCCAGAGAAAACCAUCGCUGAAGAUUUGGUGGUAACCAAAUACAAAUUGGCCGGUGAAAUAGUCAACAAAACACUUAAAGCUGUUAUUGAUCUCUGUGUGGCCGAAGCAUCUGUUCGUGACAUCUGCACUAAGGGAGACAGUCUUAUUACCGAUGAAACCAGCAAGGUAUACAAAAAAGAAAAGGACUUGAAAAAGGGCAUUGCAUUCCCAACAUGUUUGUCCGUUAAUAACUGCGUAUGCCACUUCUCUCCAUCCAAAAAUGAUGCCGAUUACAUACUUAAGGAAGGAGAUGUUGUUAAAAUUGAUCUUGGGGCACAUAUUGAUGGUUUUAUUGCCGUAGCAGCACAUACAGUGGUUAUAGGUGCCUCGAAGGAGAAAACAGUGUCUGGACGCCAAGCUGAUGUUGUUUUAGCAGCUUAUUGGGCAGUACAGGCUGCACUACGUUUAUUGAAAUCUGGAAAUAGCAAUUAUACGAUAACCGACGCCGUGCAACAAGUCAGCGAAUCAUACAAAUGCAAACCUAUUGAAGGUAUGCUUAGCCAUGAGUUAAAACAAUUUAAAAUUGAUGGCGAAAAGACUAUUAUACAAAACCCGAAUGAAAGUCAGCGCAAGGAACACGAGAAAUGCACUUUCGAGACACAUGAAGUUUACGCCAUCGAUGUAAUAGUGAGCACCGGCGAAGGCAUUGGUCGCGAGAAGGAUACAAAGGUCUCAAUAUAUAAGAAAACAGAUGAAAAUUAUAUGCUGAAGCUAAAGGCAUCACGUGGGCUCCUGCAGGAGGUUAAAACAAAAUACGGAAAUAUGCCUUUCAAUAUCAGACACUUUGAUGAAGAAACAAAAGCGCGCAUGGGUGUUGUUGAAUGCGUAUCGCACAAGAUGAUUGAGCCUUUCCAAGUUCUAUACGAAAAACCAGCUGAAUAUGUUGCGCAAUUCAAGCAUACUGUGUUGCUUAUGCCCAAUGGUGUCAAUUUGGUUACUGGUAUUCCAUUUACGGAGGAGUUGUAUGUCAGUGAGCAUAGCAUAGCUCAGCCGGAACUGAAAGAACUUGUCGCCACACCUUUGCAACCCAGUAAGAAGGGUAAAGGUGGUGCUAAGAAGAAGGGUAGUGCCGCCGCAGUUGGUGCGGAUGCGGCUGCCGCGGCAUCGAAGGUCGAAACCACUCCGGCAGUGGAAACUAAGGCCUGAAGUGUGGCUACCGUUACUGCCUUUUAAACAAUAGAAAUACAGCCUAACAGAGAUGAAGUCAGCGAAAUCAGCAGCAGCAGAAACAACAAUAUAUUAGAAGCAAUAAGGUGUUAACUAAAAUGGAGCAAAAGUAACAAACACAGCCAUUUUCUAUCAACCUCCGCUAUAUAUAUAUUUUAUGGGAGCGGAUGUUUUAUGAAUAAGUGUGCGUGUGUAUUCUUGUCGAUGCAGGAGCAACAAUUGAAAUCAUCGAUAAGAUUUUGCACUGCAGUUAAUUUCUAUUUUAACUGAAAAAAAUAACAUAUUAAACUUAUUAUCAACAAGAACGAACUUAUCGAUAUGCAAAGGACCUUUUUGAACAAUGAUAGUGGUAACUAAAUAUAAGCAGUUAAUGAUAACUACAUACAGAACGUACAUAUAAGGUUGCACCUUUAAAAAGAGAGUAAAGUUAAAAAAAAAAUUGCACGACUUUUAUUUUAUAAAAUUAUGAAAAUUGUAUAUCGAAUGCUAAGCAACUUAAGAGCAUCAUCUGUGUGUAUUAAAAAAAAACGAACGCAAUUUAUCAUUUGAGAAGUGGCAAAAAUGCAAUUUGGAAACUGAAAACUAAACCUUAAACAGUUACACAAUAAAAUUAGUAUUUUGUAAACAUGAAA